AUGAGUGAUCAAAGAGUGCCAAUUCCCCCUCACCAAGGUGUUGUUGCGGCACCUCCAAUGAUUUAUGACUAUUGGAAUCAACAGCCUCAACAAAAGCAGUCACAGCAACAACAACAACAAACGCAGCAACAACAACAUCGAGCUACCAGCCAAAAUAUGAUGGAUUAUGGUCACCCGCCACCAAUUCAUCAACCACCACCAUCUAAUGUACCCCUUUAUCAUCCACCACCAAUGGUUGGCCCGUUACCUAUGCAUAUACCUCCGAGUCAACAUCAUCCUAUGAUAGCUCAAAUCCCACCACCGCCACCAUCCUUCGCUCCUCCACCGAAUGCUCAAAUUCAACUCACAUCUGUACCUAAUCCACAAUUUUUCAGUACUGUUCCUCCGCCUCCUCGACCACCAACAACGGGCCCUCCACUUGCAGCACCACAGCCACCCAUUAUACCUAAAGAGCCAACUCGGCCUGAUGCACCUUAUUACGAGCUUCCAGCUGGUUUGAUGGUUCCAUUAGUAAAACUAGAGGAUUUUGAAUAUCAACCAUUAGAUCCUGACCAAAUACGGCUUCCUCCUCCAGCUCCUGUCAGUGAAAGGCUAUUGAAAGCAGUGGAAGCAUUUUACGCACCACCAUCUCAUGAUAGACCACGAAAUGAAGAUGGCUGGGAACAAUUAAGUUUAUACGAAUUUUUCCGACUUAAGUCUCAAGCAAAGAAUGCUGGUAAAGAGACAUAA